AAGGCCCUCCCAACUCAAAGCUACUAGGCUAGUAGAAGCGGACUUUGGUAGUAGCGCGUGUUGUUGGGGCAUCAUCUUCUGUGCCACAGUUGUACCGCAUUUUGGAGUGGAUUGUGUUCGUGUGUCAAAAGAGCAAUGUCGAUGCCAAAGGAGCCGGAACAGGUGAUGAAGCUGAGAGGUGGAUCAGUACUGGGUAAGAAGACCAUUCUCAAGAGCGACCAUUUCCCAGGCUGCCAGAACAAACGUUUGUCUCCCCAGAUCGAUGGUGCUCCCAAUUACCGUCAGGCCGACUCAUUACGUGUUCAUGGUGUCGCAAUCCCAAAAAUCGAUGGAAUUCGAAAUGUUCUUAAGCAUAUUGGGGCUCAAAUAGAUGGCAAACAAGCUAAAGUUCUUUGGAUAAACCUUCGUGAGGAGCCGGUAGUGUAUAUCAAUGGGCGCCCCUUUGUAUUGCGUGAUGUGGAGCAGCCCUUCUCCAACCUCGAAUAUACGGGAAUCAACAGGGCUAGGGUUGAGCAAAUGGAAGCUCGAUUGAAAGAAGAUAUCUUGAUGGAAGCCGCAAGAUAUGGAAAUAAGAUCCUUGUCACUGAUGAACUGCCAGAUGGUCAGAUGGUGGACCAGUGGGAACCGGUGUCUUGUGAUUCUGUAAAGACGCCUCUAGAGGUGUAUGAGGAAUUACAAGUAGAGAGGUACCUUGUUGACUAUGAACGUGUUCCUAUAACAGAUGAAAAAUCACCUAAGGAGAUGGAUUUUGAUAUUUUGAUGGGUAGAGGAAGGACGACCACUGGUACUGUAAUUGCUUGCCUUUUGAAACUUCGAAUUGAUUAUGGAAGACCUAUCAAAAUUAUGCUCGAUGAUAUGACCAAUGAAGAUGUGAAUGGUGGUACUUCAAGCGGUGAAGAAAGUGGAGGUAAUGUUGCUGCAUCAGCGUCCUGUACUACAAAAGUAAGGUCCACACAGGAGCAAGGUCAGGCUUUUGGCAUAAAUGACAUCCUGUUGUUAUGGAAGAUAACAAGAUUUUUUGAUAAUGGGGUUGAAUGCCGAGAGGCCUUGGAUGCCAUUAUUGAUAGAUGUUCUGCCCUGCAAAACAUACGACAAGCGGUUCUGCAAUAUAGAAAGGUAUUCAAUCAACAACAUGUUGAGCCCAGGGUUAGGAGGGUUGCGUUGAACCGUGGUGCUGAGUAUUUAGAGCGGUACUUCCGUUUAAUUGCGUUUGCAGCAUAUCUUGGAAGUGAAGCUUUUGAUGGGUUUUGUGGGCAAGGAGAAUCCAGGAUGACCUUUAAGAAUUGGUUGCAUCAGAGACCAGAGGUUCAAGCUAUGAAAUGGAGCAUACGAUUAAGGCCUGGGCGAUUUUUUACUGUCCCUGAGGAGUUGAGAGCACCACAUGAAUCCCACCAUGGUGAUGCGGUGAUGGAUGCCAUUGUUAAAUCCCGUAACGGUUCUGUUUUGGGGAAAGGCUCUAUACUGAAAAUGUAUUUCUUUCCUGGUCAAAGAACUUCCAGCCACAUACCAAUUCAUGGUGCACCACAUGUUUACAAGGUAGACAGAUUCCCUGUGUAUAGCAUGGCGACUCCAACAAUUGCUGGUGCAAAAGAGAUGCUAGCAUAUUUAGGUGCCAAGCCUAAAGCAGAAGGAUCUGUUGCUCAUAAAGUAGUAUUAACUGAUCUGAGGGAAGAAGCAGUUGUUUACAUUAAUGGCACACCAUUUGUCCUAAGGGACCUAAAUAAGCCAGUAGAUACACUCAAGCACAUGGGAAUUACUGGUCCUGUGGUGGAACACAUGGAGGCACGACUAAAAGAAGAUAUAUUAUCUGAGGUCAGAAAGUCUGGUGGACGGAUGCUUUUACAUCGUGAAGAAUAUAGUCCAGCACUAAAUCAGUCCCGUGUCAUAGGAUACUGGGAAAACAUCUUAGCAGAUGAUGUGAAGACACCUGCUGAAGUAUAUGCUGCUCUGAAAGAUGAGGGUUAUAAUAUUAUGUAUAGGAGAAUACCAUUGACUAGAGAGAGAGAGGCUUUAGCUUCUGAUGUUGAUGCAAUCCAGUGCUGUAAAGAUGAUGCUGCAGGGUGUUACCUUUUUGUAUCACACACAGGGUUUGGAGGAGUUGCAUAUGCAAUGGCAAUCAUUUGUAUUAGACUUGGUGCUGAGGAAAACUUUGCAUCAAAAAUUCCGGAGUCAUUGGUUGAUACAAAUCUACCCUCUAUGAAUGAAGAGAACUUGCCUUCUCGAGCUUCUGAUGAAGAAGCACGCAAGAUGGGUGAUUACCGUGACAUACUAAGCCUUACAAGAGUACUUGUGUAUGGUCCCCAAAGCAAAGCAGAUGUUGACAUUGUUAUUGAAAGGUGUGCAGGUGCAGGGCAUUUACGAAAUGAUAUUCUUGAUUAUAGUAAGGAACUUGGGAAUUUCCCAAAUGCUGAUGAUGAGCACGGAGCUUACCUCAUGGAUAUGGGUAUAAAGGCUUUAAGGCGGUAUUUCUUCUUAAUCACCUUCAGGUCCUACCUUUACAGCACCUCUGCAGCUGAGAUGGAAUUCACAUCGUGGAUGGAUGCCAGGCCGGAACUUGGACAUCUUUGUAACAACCUUAGAAUAGAUAAAUGAUUUCAGGCGUAUAGCAAUGCUCAUAAAUUAAAUUUAUGUAUAGCUGCCAAUGCCUAGAAAGUGAUUUUAUUUCUAGCAAAGAUGAAGGGUACACAUGCGAAGAGUAGACUAGAUUAGUUGGCCGCCCAUCUUACCAGCAAAGAUGGAACCCUAGACCGGGGGAAAGGGAAGCCUUCCCUUGAAUCCCAACCGCACCCAUCUAGAGUCUAGAAUCCAAAUUCUUAAUAGGGAAGGGGGAGACAUCACCCAGUUAAAAGGUCUAUGAUUACGUAAAAAUAAUGAUUUUUUUUGUGCAUUUCUUAGAAAUUUUAAUAAUAGAUUAUAAUAGUGGGAUAAAAUUAUCUUAAUAAUUUUAAUUAAUGUGAGAGAGAGAGAGAGAGAGAGAGAGCAUAAAUUGC